AUGGCUGACCAAACGCCAAUGGCGAAUGGCACCGGCAUUUCACAGCCACCAUCGGCUCCAUUGUCAACCACUUCUUCAGCACAGUCAACCCACCCGCUGGGAAUUCCUUGCGUGAAAUAUAGGGCAAGACACAGGCGCUGUGACCGUGCUAGACCAGUCUGCCAGACCUGUCACAGCAUGGGCUUUGAAGCUGAAUGCUCAUAUCCUUCUGCGGCCUUGCCAGUUACCGAGAACAAAAGUGCCGAGGACAGAAUCAUCAAGAAGACUGGUGCUCCAUUCUCAGGGCCAAUGUUCAAUAAUGGAUCUGCUUUACCCAAAACAGGUGACAAAAAACCAAGAGCCGCAGGCAGUUCUCCUGAACGAACCAAACCUGUCAAGGAUGUGGUUGGACUACCAAUCCAAAAUGAUUUCAGCCAUGCCCGGAAGACGCAGAUACCCCAGCAGCCUCCUGCGAAACGCCGCAAGAUAUCAGAGCUUGGCUCUGGAAGUGCUACUACGAAAUCUGCGUUGGAACCGGGUCAAGCCAUACCAUUUGGCACCGGUAUUCCCAGUGGAAGCAGAAUGGCUCCUCCACCGCGUAGUAUAUCUCCUACUCUGCCUCAGGAUGAAACGGAGCUCCGGUGCAACUUGACUACCGAAAUCAAUGUUCAGAGAAUGAGGCAUCGCAAUCUUACAGCAGUGACUCUGCGCAACAUCGUGAAGCUACUUAUGAAAGCUAAGACUGAACGCCCAACCACUGAACCCAUGAUUGCUGGAUCGAGUGCUACUCCAUUGAAUGACGAGUGGCGUGAAGAAGAUGAUCUAAUGGCAGUUGCAACAGCCAAGCUGGAAAAGGGUGGCCGGUGCUCUCGUGCUCUUCUCAGUCGCUUUGAGAACUUCUUAUAUGGCCCAUUGAUGAGCGCCGAGGAGAAGAAGAUGCAAGAGCGUAUCAUAUGCGUUGAAGAGUGUCUGUCAAGUGCAUCGGCGCCUCCAACAUCCGAUCACAAUGACCUGUUCCUCCGUCGCUUGAAAAGAAUCAUACUUCAUCCUGAUGUCUAUGGCUUGGACGAGAAAGACUCACGCAUCGGCUUCCUCUGCAACCAGCUUCUUGCAGCCAUAGCGACUGACUCGAAGCUGAGUCCUUCAAACCGUAGGAAGUUUGCGGAGCUUUUAGACCCAGAUGGAGAGAUUGCCAAUAUCAGCGCAGACAGUCCAGGUGUCAAAAGAGAAACUCCAAUCUCAAAAAGGAAGGUGCGACCCAAGCCCACCUCUCCACGCGUGCCUUCCUCGCACACUCCAGGAACACCCUCAAAAACAACAACCCGUAAACAAAACUAUGUCACCUCUCUGUCUCCUUCACCACCCCAUCCCCCUCCUCUUCCCCCUCUCUCUCCUUCAUCAACCCAUCCUCCUCCUUUCCCCUCUCGUUCUUCAUCUUUAUCCACACCACCUCUGGAACUUAUUGAUUUAUCCGAUGACACCAUGUCGUCGUCGUGGCCUUUCAUCCCAAAGCCUACGCCCAAGAGGCGUGUUGUUUCUGGCAGCCAGUCGUCGCAAUCCAACGACACUGUCGCGUCGCCUUCCACGGAGCCGGCGUCCAAGAAACGUCCUGCUUCUGGCAGCCAGUCUAAUGACACCGUUGCCCCAUCUCCAAAGCGUGCUGCUUCUGGCACCCAGCCGUCGAACUCUAGCAACAUAAUCACCCCGGCCCCCAAGCGUGCUGCUUCUGGCACCCAGUCGUCGGACCUCAACAAUAUCAUCACCCCGGCUCCCCAGCGUGCUGCUUCUGGCACCCGGUCGUCGGACCUCAACAAUAUCAUCGCCCCGGCUCAUAGGCGUUCUGCUUCUGGCAGCCAGCCGUUCAGCUCCGACGUCCCCAAAAAACUUUGGCGUAUUUUCGUUGCGAAGCAGGCUCCUACCCUGCCCAUCCUUAAUCUCGACCAACUCGAAGUUUCUUUCGCCCUGGCCGUGAAUCAUGGGAAGGUCGGGCCCACAGUCAUUGACCCAACCUUCGGGCUUUGUAUUGCAAUCGCCUGCCAACUCACUCGUGAAAAGGGCCUCUGGGAAGCCCGCAAAUGGUACGAUGCAGCUCUAUCUAACAUGGCUGACCCCUUCAAAUCUCGACCUUCGCUUCAAUCUUUCCACCACCAAAUCCUCCAGAUCCACUAUCUCCAUCUGGUCGGCCACCUGCGAAUGGCUUGGGACAUCUUAUCUCUGGCUAUCGGUAGAGCGCAAUCUCUUCGGAUGCAAACUAUGCACGGUGGAAGUCUCGCCGUGGAUGAAGAUUCGUUGCAGCAGGUUCGGCUGAUAUGGCAGUGUCUCUGGACGAAGAAACUGUCUCUCACUCUCCAGUUUGGCGUUGUUGAUCAAUCCCUUGACACCUUUUGUGAGUCACCCAUGCCGAUGCAGUCGCAUAUUGAUGAGAACAUCCGUGUAUCUGGUGUGCAAUCCUCGGAGCGAUGUCACACGGCAUCUUCUUUUUUCAUUGCUUGUGCUUCCCUUCUUAAGUACACCGACGAUUUGAUCACCGUUGAAAAUGAUCUACGUGUGACACGCAUGGAAUGUCCGAUCAAAUGGCUUUCUAUUGUGGACCUGCACGGCUUCCAGGAACUGAAUGAAAAACUCUCGAGUUGGAACAAUGGUCUGCCUAAAUGCCUGGAAUGGAAAGGCCUCGGCAUCGACUUUACCAUGAAGAAGGAUCCUCUUGUUCGUCGCAUGUGCGUCCUGGCUCAUUUGCAAUUUGUGUAUUUUCGACUUCGUCAAUACCGACCUUUCUUCAUUUUGACCCUGCGACUUUCCCAAACGUGCGCUUGUGAAAUAACUCCUCAUAUCACUAGCAGGGACAUCGAUUUGGUGGAUGCGUCUCCUGUCCUCGGCAUGGUGUAUUACGGCGCUGUCAAAUGUCUGAUCGCCGCCCAAGAGAUUGUCAAAACUCUCUAUGCAUCCUUUUACAAAGCGGCAAAUGAGACUGCUAAGGGUGAGCAGCUUGAAUACCUCUAUGCUGCCGCCCUCAUUUUGAUUGCUGCCCGGAGUGUUCCGUUUGUCAUGAACGGUACCCCGCGAGGUAUAUCCACCGCUGUCAGCACGGCAAAGACCGUCACGACCAUGAUAGAGGAGCUGAGGCAAAUCGAUAACUUGUUGCGUAUUUACCAGGAAAGUUCGGAGCAAGCCCCAAAGCUCGAACGGCGAAUUCAACGUUCACGUGCUACUAUCGACCUCAUCAACCUGCAGUCUGUGUCGGUGGAUGGAGUUGUCAUGGACAGUGAUAUCAGGCUUGAGCCUGUCAUCUGGCACAGGAUUUAUGACCGACUCGGCCUUGAUGUACCGUUUGCGAGGUUCCCCCAACGGGGUUCCUCCAGUAGUACUGGAGCUGCGGGCCGCCGAAAGACUCUCGCCUGGCUGGAAAGCCUCCCUGUAGAUACGGACAGUGAGGUUUAG